AUGCUGUCAGUGUGUUGUAGUUCCUGAAACAAUCUGGUUGCCGUGGAAACGAGGAGGAGCUUGAACUUUCACCUCUGACUGCAGCAAGCAGGACGGGACGGCAAUCAUCAUGGAGAACUAGGAAGGGAAGUCAGGGACUGGUGAAGAUCAUGGUGCUCUUUUUGUUUCUCUCCUCUCUGAAAUGGUUUAUAUUAAAAACAUAUUCUACAAUAACGCAGUGACUGCGUAGAAAUGCAUUCAAAUUAAAUGAUGAUAUUUUGGAAAUCGUGAAAACUAGCCAGCAAUAUCGGUAAUGGUUAUAGUAUUAUGAACAUUAGAUAGCAACACAGUGUUGUUGUUAAUAAUGUAUGUUGUUGUCAUUUGAACGAUAGUGAUGUUGUUCGAGUUGGGCCAGAGGGUUUGGUAUGUACAUUGCCAAUGAAUGGCAUCACUAAUAACUGCGGGAAAUAUUUUGGGAAGUCAGCUUUUUUGUAUUCAGUCAGAUAUAGCUAAUGUAUGACCAUUUGAGAAAGCAAUACGCAUCAUAUACAAGGAUAGAGACACUAGAAAAUCCAGUUCUGCGAUAUUUUACUAAACUGUAUAAUUAUAAAUAAAAAAGUGGUCGGUGUUACUGAACGCUAAGAAUGGUCAAGUGCAUUUAGUAUAAUGUACUAAGCAUGCUGCGAAAGGAAUAGGAUAGAAGAACAUUUAAGUGUAUGUGCAUAUUUGCAAAUCCAAUUGUUUUGAUGCGUAGGUUUGAUUUAAAACAGCAUAUUAACUCCUAAUUAACAAUUUGAAAGAAUUAAAAAAAAAAACAAAAAAAAAAAACACACAGCUGACAAUGUCACUCGCAGAACAGGCUCAAAAGUGGUUCCCAACCCACGUCCAGGCCACCGUUCUUCAAGCCAAAGACCUCCACCCGAAAGGCAAGAACGGCACCAAUGACACUUACACCAUCAUUCAGUUAGGCAAAGAAAAAUACUCUACCUCCGUAGCCGAGAAGACCCUGAGUCCGGUGUGGAAAGAGGAAGCUUCCUUUGAACUUCCCGGUCUACUUCUGGAGGGCAAUCCGGAAAAAUACACUCUCAACUUGAUCGUGAUGCACAGGUCAUUGGUGGGACUGGACAAGUUUCUGGGGCAAGUGUCUAUCAGCCUCAAUGAAAUCUUUGACAACAAGGAACGAAGAAAAAUUGACUGGUUCAAACUUGAGUCCAAGCCUGGGAAGAAGGGAAAGGACCGAGGGCAAAUCCAAGUCAACAUCCAGUUCAUGAGGAACAACAUGACGGCCAGUAUGUUUGACCUCUCCAUGAAAGACAAGCCACGCUCACCGUUCUCCAAACUCAAAGACAAAAUGAAGAGAGGGAAGGGGGAGGGGACCUUCUCCGACACCUCUUCUGCCAUCCUCCCCAGGACGAGCACCCCCCGCUCUUCUGACCCUGAUAUCUCCGCGAUGAACCAGCACGAGAAACCCAAACCAAAAAGAACGUUCCUGCUGGGGCCCCAGCGUCUGUCUGCUGCCCACUCCAUGUCUGAUUUGAUCGGAUCCCAUUUCACUGGAGACAAAGUUAAGGCUAGCACAAUCGGGCACGCGCCGCUCUUUCGCCCCAAGCUAGACUCCAUGAAUUCCAUCGACGAGAGUGGAAACGUGAUCUCUCCCCAUAGACGAUCACAGAGCGUCGACACUGCCAACCCAGAGCAGCCUGGCAAUGCUUCCACUGAGGGUGAAGGCGGCUAUGAAGGACACAGUGAUCUCUUCGCCAACAUCAGCGAUUCUUUGCCCCAAAAGUCAGCCACUCUGCCCCGGAACAAAAACCCCUUUGAGUCGAGCAGUGGUGUCUCGUGGGAGGGCAGGACCAACAUCAGAUCUGAGAAGAAGAAGGAGAAAGUGGGCCUUUUGGAGAGAGUCAAGGGGAAGAAAGACGGCAAGAAGUUGGAUAAGAUCGGCAACGGGAAAUCGGGUAGUUCCGGUGAUUUGAGGUCUCCCAACCCUUUCAGUGACAGUCUACAAGGGGAUGCAGGAACAAACCCCUUCUCCACAAACUAUAAGUCAAAGACCAGCUCCAACUUAAUGAAGCCUUCAAGCAUUGAAGACAUCAAGAAAUCUUUAACGCCAAACUGCAAUGCCUACCCCAGGGACGAAGCAAAGGAAGGAAACCCUUUCAAUUCAGUGGCAUCUUAUCGCAAUCUUUCGUUCGAAGAGGUCGUUCAGGAGUUGGUCAAACAGAAGGAAUUGGUGAAAAAGAAGGACGCCCACAUUCGCGAGCUGGAGGACUACAUCGACGGCCUUCUUGUUAAGGUCAUGGAGGAGACUCCCAGCAUCCUCAGAGUGCCGUAUGAGCUAGCCAAGAAAGCAGGGAAAUUUUCAAAACAGUAAAACAAAUAAAAAUAUUUCAUUUCUAUCACAGUGAUAAACACCAGUGGACCUGUUUAACUUUCAGUACUGCAGGUGUAUGAAACUGAAAACUGCAGACUGUGCACAGUACAUGUCACUGUAGUCUGGUUUCACAGAUGCUGAUUAGUAUUAAUAUGGGAGCUUAAUAAAUAUACAGCUGUGGCCAAAACUUUUAACAUCAUGUAAUCAAAGAAACUACAAAAUGAUAUCGCAAAAGUCUACCGGAAGCCAUAAUAGUAGUACAGUAUUUCAUGCUAAAUUAAAAAAUGUCACAUUAAAAUAUAAUAAUAAUAAUUUAAAAAUCAGUUUUCAUAUGGAAAACUACAAAGCGGGAUGUAAUUAAAUAUGUUAACGUAACAUUCAGUAAGUUUCAUUCGACUUCAUGAAGCAAAAUAAUUAAUUCUAUAGGGCGAUGCAAAACCUUUGGCCAUAGCUGUACAAUUAAUGUACAAACCUUAAUAAAUCUGGUCCAUUAUGAAGGGGUGUUUUUUCUAUUUUUCAUUUAUAUAUAUAUAUAUAUAUAUAUUGCUAACAUUUAAAUGCAAAACCUUUCUUUUGCUGAUUUAUCAUUUUAGUUUUAGUUUAAAAUAAAACUGUUUGUGGUGGAUAUGUACAAGUAUGUAAUGGUUCUUUAGAAAAUACCAGAUGCUGAUUUUUGCUAAGGAUUUUUCCAGCCUUAAAGGGUACAUAAGAACCUUUUUAUUUUAUUGUGUUACAUGUUCCCGUAUGUUGCUACAACUGUUUACGUAAGGUGUGUGUUUUAUUUCUUUAUUAAACUUUUAAAUUGCAUUCCCUGCCUCAAGAUGGCUUCCCAUGUACACACAUGGACCUCUCAGAACUACAUUUCCCGUCAUCCUCCUGCUCACAUAUGUAACUGAGAUGGAUUCACAAGUGAGCAGGAGGAUGAUGGGGAAUGUAGUUCUGAGAGGUCCAUGCAGGUACAUGGGAAGUCAUCUUAAGGCAGGGAAUGCAAUUUAAAAGUUUAAUAAACUGGUCAAAAUGUAAAAAAUAAAUAAAAAAAAAAUUAAACAAUACACACACCUUACGUAAACAGUUGUAGCAACACAUGGGAACAUGUAACACAAUAAAAUAAAAAGCCCUUUAACUUAAAGGUAGAAUGAAUAGGGACUGCAAAAUAUAAUAAUUCUUUCACUUACCUGUCAUUCAUGUUAUUUGGUUUCCAGUUUUGUUUCUGUUUAUCAUCCUUGAAACUUAUUUUUAAAAAGUUUGAUCUCGGCAUGGUUCAUAGCAAUAUUUUCUAUACUAAAGACCAUUAUAAUAUGCUUGUAGUUCGUUUUCAGUAUCAUUAGUGUGAGACUGAAAGACUCAUUGCCUCUUGUUAGCAGCAGCGAUGAACUCCGCUAGCCCAUUGAAAGGCAGUUGUCAACGGAAGCUCACACAAGCGUAGAAUAUGAGACUAAUAAUCAAAUUAGUAUUACUCGCUUACUUUAGUCUCACAUUAGCUUUUUUUUUUGGGGGGGGGGACUAUCUAAAAGCAUCUUACAAUGGUCUUUGGUAAAGAACAUAGUGUUAGGAAGCUUGUUGAGCUCCAACUUUUUACAGUUUCAAGGAGGUGAUAGAAAAACAAAACACAGUAAGACAUUGAGAAAACAAAUACGAUGAUGUAGGUGAGAACAUUAUUUCAUUUGGUACACCCUGUUUAUUCCGUCAAUUCUUGAGGGAGCCAUUUUCAAAGAUUUUUCUUCCAAAGUAUAAAUGACGUUUUACACAUUGGAAAUGUCACCUGCAAUCAGAAAUGUAAAACGGAAUAAUCGUAUAAGUCUAGCAGGCAUAGGUUCAUCUCUGCCAGUGACUUUUUCAAUUCAACUUUUGUUUUAGAUCUUUUGAAUCUGCAGCACUUGAUGGGGUCUGUUUUAAUUCUCUUUACAUAGGAAGAUCUUCAUACUAAAAAUACAAUGAAAUAGAGUUAGCGUAUUUAGAUCUCCCACUGUUCAGAUCAUUAAAAUAGACGUCAGGGGUACUGCAUGAGGUAAAAAAGCACCUUUUCUAGCACAUGUGUCAACAGUAACUGGACAGCAACAGGAAACCAAUUCAAAAUCAGUGUUUGCCCUUUAUAUCGUUAUAGAAUUUAAAUGUAUAUUGUAUAUAUCAGAACCGUAGCAUGUCCAUGCCUACCAACACACAUUUUAAAACAAAAGUGCAACCAUGGCAACACACACUCAAGGAACUAAAUGUAGAAUGUAUUAUUUUACAAAAAAAGAUGCAACUUUUUUUUAUGAACAUCCUUCAUGGUUCUCAAUAAGCUUCAACAUCAGGUGCAAAUUCCAAUUAGAAUGAAUAACAUUGUAUUAAUAUUUGAAUACAUAUUUUUAAUUAAGCUGCCAGAACUGUCAAUGUGGGUUAGACCUACAACAUUGACCUUUAUCAUAGUUUGUCAAACCUCUUGAAACUGAUUUGUGAAACAGCCAGAUGUCAGCCUUUGUUAUGUUACCCAUGUCCAGGAUGCGCAUGCCAAACGAAAGACAACCCAUUUGCGCAAAAGUAUAUGUCAGAUAUUGCAGGUGAUUCUUCAUGCGUCUCCUGCAGAGUUAACAUAGUGCGCUGGUGGAGAUUUACAAACGCUGCAGUCUUCGACCUAAAAAAGUGUUUUUAAUGCGUUUCUGUUUAAAACACUACCUUUCAUGACCUUGAUACUUCCAGUGUUAUUUUUGACCUCACAGGCUGCAAGACUUGUGUACUUCAUAGCAACUGUUUUGUUUUGCAGGCUGCUUGAUGCAUAUGGAAAGGCUCCUAAUAUACCACAGAACCACAUUAAAAAAUGCUGACAUACAUAGCAAGCAGUAACAUGGGAUUGUUAAUUCCAAUGGUGGGGGUCUUGGUAAUUAGGAUUGUGAAAUGCUUGUAAGCUUCACAAAGUGAUGUGUUAAAGCUUCCUGGCUGUUCAGAAAGUACUGUACAGUUUUUUCUUUUUUUUAAUGUUUUUUUUCUUUGUUUUUUGUUUCCUGCAACUGACAAUUCCAAAUAGGUCGUAACUACAUGGCAACUACCUUAAAACCAUUUAAAAACUUUAAUUAUAUUGCAGUUUACCAUAUCAGCAGGGUUUGUUUUCUGUUUAUUUCUUUGAUAUGCACUUUUACAUUGUUCUUAAGAAUUGCUUUAAAAGAACAUUAUUAUAGUCUUCCAACACUUAAACCAGAUUUGGUCUGAGCAAACUAUUAAAACUACCUGUGUUUGUGCAUCUUAAAACACUAAGCUCUACCAUUUAUUUAUAUAUGGCUUAAUUAUCAUAGCAUAAUUUAUAUAGAAAUUCUGAACACUGGAUAUAUACCACACUGCUAAAAAAAAUUAAAAAAAUUAAAUCAUAAGUUUCACAAAAAAAUACUGUCAUUAGUUUAUCCCGCGUAUGUAGCUAGCACUAAAUCACCAUAGUCAAUAGCAAAUAGUUAUAGGAAGUGUUUAAAACACUUGUGUUGUGAUACAUUAAACAAAACAAAAAAAGUUUUAAAAUUCCAGAAUUAAACUAGAAAAAAAAGAAUGCCUUCUGUUAUUUACCAUACCAAAAACAAGUGUCAAAGAAAGCUUAUUAACUUUGAAUGAAACUUAGAAUUGAAGUCACAAUUAAAAACACAAUCUAGAAGAAUGUGUACUGUAAGGAUGCAGGGGACUGUAAAAUAUUAAAUAAUAUCAAGUAAUAUACAAUCGUAGCAGACUUAAAACAAAGUGCCAAAUAUGUGUCUCAGUAGCAUCAGUUUAAGUCAAUAUUUGCUUAGCUAUGUAAUUAUUGCCAAAUGCUUGCAACUUAUCUUUGGGUAUGUACGUCUUAAAGAGUGAACACAGACAAUUAUAUUACUGAAUACCUAAUACAGAACCAUGCUACAUUUAUAUACACAUCUUUAUUCAUUCUAAUUUUAUUGAAAUCAGUAAUAAUACAGUUUUAAAAUUGUACAAGACACUGAUAUGAACUGUUUCCUAUAUACUGCACUAAAUACCAGUUGUGGUGUUAAGGAAUAAUAUAGACAGUAAAUAUAUACAAGAAUGUUUAAGUAACACCUACCUUUCAUGUGGUGAAAAAAAUCUAACGCUGGUGGUAUUCUGCAAGACAUAGCACACUGCUUUCCAAAAGUACUUGAGCAAAUGUCUGUUUUCAUUUCCACAUGAAUGUCUAGAGCAAUUAUUAAACCACUGACUGUGACUACUUUAAAAUUAGCUGAUGCUUUUUAUUAAACUGUGUGUUGCCAUCAAGGAGUUUACCAAUGUGACUUGGAGAAUAUUCCUUAUUAAAUUGUGCGGUCACCUGCAGUCACUGAACCAAGGAGUGAGCUGCUCUAAAUACUGAAAGGCUGAAAUAGUUUGCACUUUGGAAUGGACUACUAGACUUAGUUACCUAGUAAGGCUAAUGUUAAUGUAAAAAAUAAAUAAAUAAAUAAAAUUAGACUGUAGAUGUACUAAAAUUACACUGCAUGUCCCCAGACGUUUCUGACAACAAUUUCCUAUUUGUGUUUAUGUAUAUUUUGCAUUACGAGAUCAAAAUGUGUCGGUGGUUUUAGAAAAUGUUGUCUCAUAUUAAUCUGGGAGGGUUGACAAUCCUUUUACAGAAACUGCUUUUACUUGUUUAGUGGAAUGAUUGUAUUUUUUAAACAUAUUUGUUUGAACUAAAGUUGCAGUGUCCCUUAUGUUUUAUUUUAUUUUAUUUAUCACCUUUUAAGCCCAAGUUGAAAAUAUCAGCUCCACAGCUGCUUCCUGUAAAACACAAUGUUUGUUUGUUUGUUUGUUUUGUUUAAUUCCAUUAGUUAUUAGAAAGCUUAACAAUGUCAUACACAACCCCCGACUUCUGCAAGAAUGACCAGGAAAGGAAAACCCAGAUGAAACUCGGUGUGUUACAGAAUGCCUAUUUGGCUCACAGAGUGACAUAGGCCUGAAUUAAACAAAAAGUAUAGUCUGUUAGCCACACUUUAUAGUCAUGGCAGCACUAUUAUUCUGAUUUAUCCCAGGCCUCAGUCGCAAGCAAAUGUCAUGGGUAAAGGAAGCUGGUGAUCCUCUACUGUAGCAAAAACAAACUGGGUCAUGUUGACAAGAGGAUAUAUUUAAAUUGAGUGUGGGACACUGAUUCAAUGAUGUAUUCGUAGUAGUAUUGAAUAAUUAAAUAGGGUUUGGUACUGAUUAAAAGCUUUUCUCCCUGUUUUUAUAUGUUUUCUUAUAUUUUUGAAAAAAUAAGGAGAGUAUUAAAUCCAUCUAGGUCUUUCUUUCAUGGAUGUUUUUUUGUAAUUAAUUUUUUUAGCCAGCUGUGCCAGAAUUGUAGUAGUCUUUCUGAUGCACCACUGGUUAGAUGUUUCUCAUAGUCUCCAACACUGAAGAGGCUUCAUGAUUCAUGUAAAGGAUGUAUUCCUAGUAAAGCUGUUUCUUGAAAACUGUUCUGCCCAGCUUAGUCCAAAAAUUAUUUUAAAACAUUAAUGUAAUUAGUGCCUGAUCAAUAAAGCACUUGAUUACUGUAAUGUACAUAGGCAAACUAUUUGUCAGUGUAGCAGUCUAAAAGGGUCUUUUCCUUUUGGAUGCUGGAAAGGGAACACAAAAUGUAAUAAACAGGACACUAUUUAACUGCUGCACCCUGACACUACUGGCAGGCAGUUAUGUAUAUUGUGAAAUCAAUUGAUCAGUCACUGAUUCGAAUUGAGGGAAUAUUUCUGCAUGGCACAAAAAUGAUGCUAUUGGAUUUAUGCUGGGCAGAAUGGAUUUCAGGUACAGUAUAAUUUAUUAAUAGUGUUUAUUAGGAAUGAAUCCUUUAAUGUCAGGUCACAUUUGUCAUGUAUAACUAUUAAACACUCAGUAGUGCUGAAUUUAAACAUUGUAAAACAGCCGUUGUUCAGUGUCUUCAAAGCGUUUGGCUUUGAAAGGAGGGUACUGUACUUGAUUCCAGGGUUUAUUUUUUUCCUAUACCUACCUAAAUAAAAUUCCAAUUUUAAGUUUAUAUAGUUUGAUGUGGGUUUUUAGGUUUCAGUAUAGGGCAAAAGACUGGUACAUAUUAUUACCUUGAAAAUGUUACUUUAUAAGUGUCUGAACUGUGGAUUGCAGCAGAGUCUGUGUCUUCUUCUGUUUUGCACAUUAUUACAGUAUAUGUUCUGCAUAAUGCAGUGCAUUUUAUAGUACACUGCGAUAGUCUGUUACAUAGGUAUUUAAGCAUUUCACAUAACUUGCUGGAAAGGUACUUUGGGAGUAUGCAACUAUUUGCAAUAGUAUAGGUUGUGAAAAGACAAUUAAUGGAAUAUAUGGUUUGAGAGGAAACUACUGUAUUAUUUUAAACAUGAGAUUGUUCAAUACAGUGAAAUGGCUUAGCAUGUAGCAUGUACUGAGUAUAUGAAGGAGACCCACUGAGGUACUGAAAUGUAACCAAUUAUGUAUUUAAAUAUGAAUUGAAUGGGUGAUAGAUAUGAAAUUAAAUAAGGACAUUUGAUCAUAUCAUGAUUUAUGCAGUAAAGAUGAUUAUACACAAAAAAAAAACUGUAUUGUUCUUUAAAAUAAACACUGUUCUUCUUCAAACACAAA